UAUGUACACUCCCAGUCUCGCGAUGAUGACCAACCAGAUAGCGGUAACAUCGGACGAUUAAGUACCGCAACAGUCUCGUUAUUAUUGCGUGAUGACUUUGUCCCGAUGUUGAAAUAUGUAACUUUUUUUAUUCAGAUGUAAAAUAAGAUACAUUUAUUUUGCUUUGGUGCUUUUGCGGCCUUCGAACUAAGUUCACUGUUAUUACAGUAAGAGGUUUUACAUGUGAAGAGAAAGAAAAAAGGUGAUUAGAAAGAAAGAAAGAUGUUCGAGACAGAAGGCAUUUUUAUUCUCCUGGAUGUCACCUGCGUCGUCCUUGCUGGACUUCCAUUUGCAGUAUUAAACAUACAACACACUCCAUUCAAAAGAGGAUUUUUUUGCAGUGAUGACACCAUCAGGUACCCGUACAAAGAAGAUACUAUAUCUUAUCAGCUGCUAAUGGGAAUAGUGAUUCCAUUCACAUUAUUUGUAAUCAUUGGUGGAGAGUGUAUUUUGGUAUAUCUUAGAUCUAGAUCUGCUGUAAUGAAAGUCUAUGUUGCUUGCAUCUACAAAGCUGUUGGGUCGUUUAUUUUUGGAGCUGCAAUAAACCAGUCCCUGACUGACAUUGCAAAGUACACCAUUGGCCGACUGAGGCCUCAUUUUUUGAGCAUUUGCAAACCCAAUUGGAGCCUUGUGGAUUGUAAAUCAGGUUACAUUGAGAACUUCGCUUGUACAGGUGACAAGGCACUGGUCAAUGAAGGCAGGCUUUCGUUUUUUUCCGGACAUUCGUCCUUUUCCAUGUAUUGUAUGCUGUUCCUUGCACUUUAUCUUCAAUCAAGAAUGAAGGCAGAAUGGGCUCGAUUACUAAGGCCAACUAUCCAGUUCUUCUUAAUUUCAGCAUCUGUGUAUGUUGGUCUGUCACGGGUUUCAGACUACAAACAUCACUGGAGUGAUGUUCUUACUGGUUUAGUACAGGGAGCUAUUGUGGCAAUAUUUAUAGUGAUCUGCGUGUCAGAUUUCUUUACGGCCUCACGUAAAGGGGACAAAGAAGAAAUCUCACACACCACCCUACAGGAGGCCACGAAUGAUAUUAGCCACUAUGGGAGCACUGAGUGAGGAGGCUAAAUUGCUUCCAUUAGAGAAGGACAUUUGACUGAUGAACAGCUGUUUUUGAAACCUCAAGUAUAAUCAUAUAUAGAGUUUGUAGUCAAUAUUUCACAGAGCAAACCUACUGUAGGUUUUAAACUGUAAAUCAACCACAAGUGAAUCUUUAUGCUUUUGAAUUUGUUUGUCUUGUUUUGAAUGGUAAAAAUCCAUUUGAAAUGGAAGGUUAUGUAUAUAACUGUGGUUCUACAACUAAAUUGUCUCCAACCAUGACCUUUUCCUUCAGAGCUUCUUGAGUCUUUCAUGUAUUUGUUCCUCACAGUGUAAAAAUACCAAAGUCAGAACCUUGCAACUGUUAUCUCAUGUGGAUAGCUUAGUAUAUGUCUUAGCUCCUUCAUUCUUUAGCUGUUGGUAUCAGAAAAUCAUACAGUAAGUACAUACAGUGGUGCUUGAAUGUUUUUGAACCUUUUACAUUUUCCCCCUUGUGCAGCAAUAGCUGGAACUAAACAUGUUUGGUAACUGUUGAUUAGUCCUGCACAACAGCUUGAGGGGAUUUUAGCCCAUUCCUUAGUACAGGACAGAUUUAACACUAGGAAUUUGGUCGGUUUGCUCAUGGCUCAUGACUCAAUUUCUCUUGAGAUUCAGUUCAUGGACAGAUGUUUUGACAUUUUUCGUUUGAAAUAAUGAGUGAAAUUAAGAAUUCUUUGUUCUAUAAAUGAGGCUAAGCUUUCGUGGCCCAUAUGCAGCAAGACAGGCUCAAACCAUGAUAUUUAUUAUUUAUAUAUAAUUCUUAUAUAAUUCAAUGAUAUAUAAUUAAUAUUAUUAUGCUGAAAUGCAUUAUUUCCCUUUUUCCUAACAUAAGGCUUCUCAUUUAAAAGUAUGAUGAUAUUAUUCUCUCAUUUGUUCUGAAUCUGAUAAUUAGGUUAUAUAUGCAGACAUAUAGAAAAUUCUAAAGGGUUCACAAAAUUUUUCUCCAUUAUUACAUUCCUGACAUUUCUUUACAGACUGACAAGUUGACUUCUUUAGUAACUAGUGGAAGCUACACUUUUUUUUGCAAUGGUUUGUAACACAUCUUAAUAGCAUACUGUGUGACUAAAAAACAGACAGCUCUUGCCAGAAUCUCUUGAAAUGUUUACACUGUUUUGUGUGCUUCUUAAAUUGUGAAAUCACUUCAGGUGCAACUAUACAUUCAAUAUUUUCUUAUACUGCUCUUUAUGGAGAAUAAGACUCAUAUUAACAGUGAAUAGUAAGCAGCAAUGAAGCAAUGUUCAACCUGAAAUUUCUGGUGAAAGGAUGUGGUGAGUUUCAUAAUGAUACUUUGCAACUGUCUGAAAGUGCCUCUGUUUAGUUGGCCAUAGUAUUCGUCUAAUGGCAUGUGUCUUGACCUAUGUUCAAUAUACCAAAGUAAUCUUAUCUUUUAUUCAUUUAUUUGCAUUAUUUGUGACAGUGGAGCUCCUUUAGCUUCCUACAAUGCAUGAUAUGGAGUCCAAUAUUCCCAAUAUUUCCUUUUUGCUUUGGUUUACCUUCUUUAUGCUUAACCAUUUCCAUGAUGUACUUGCCAAUAUAUCUUUUUUCCACAUA